UCGUUAGGCGAAAGUAGAAAGUUGCUAAAACUAAAGUGCCCUCGCGUGCCUUGUAGAUGAAAAGGCGUUAUAGUAUAUUCUGCCCGUAUAUAUAUACUUCAUGGCUCCCAAAAGUCCAUCGUCCAGCCAAGGCAUCCAAACGGAAUCCGUGUAAAUGCUUUUGACUCGAGUUUCUGCCAAAAUAACACACUCUAGUUAUUAAACAAUCUCCACCAAGCAGUCGGUAUAUAUAAUUGCAGACGACCAAGUUGUACAGAUGUCGACUCGACUUGCGCGUUUGCGGCGCUAAUGGCAACAAAUUGGGGCGAGAAUUAGGAAGUUGCUUCAUUUACUACCGCAAACAUUGACCACUCGUUCAUCUCUCGUUUCUUUUUCUCUCCAGUAACAUGUAAACAGCUCUUGUUAUAUAGUAUAAGGUGAUUUAUCAGCCAUAAACUGCGAUUUUUACACCGACAUAUUGUGUGCAGAGUAUAAAGCUGUCACGUCAUCCAUCAUCAUGUAAACUCGAUAGAGUUUCUUGCCAAGAUGCUGGGUUUUUAUCGAUUUGUAUUUUUGUUUCCCCCCUCUCUCAGUUGCCAGCCCAUGCACAGGCGGCAUCAAAUUUCAAGUUAUUGGAACUUAAACAAUGUUGACUAAGUUGCAUGCAUUAUUACAGUGCGUCUGUUUAUACCCAGGUUUUUAAAAUACCGAAAUUUCACGAUUUUUCUGCCAGUGCAAGCGGCUGCGAGUUGCAUCGAUUUUUCAAUUUGUUUCCUAGUGCCUGAAUUUCGCCACGAUGAGUUCGACGUUUCUCAAAGACUCUUUUUGAAUGUAAUAUGUUAAAUAUAGCUUUUGUGAUGGGAAAUAGGGAGCGACAUAAAUCUGGCAAAACUGCGAUAGCAUUAUGUAUAGGAUUUAGGCAUAUAUAUAUAGACGCGCCCCAACAUUGACUAUAGGGUUCUGCGAUUGCUUCAACUGUGCAGUCCCUCUUGCAGAGAGAGAGAGAGCGACCGGCUAUUUCUAGGGAGUUGGCGACGGCGACUGGCCUCAGUCGUAGAAUGGAUCUGGUCCCGAAACAAGGUGUCCCGCGUCGUUCCACGCACUCGUCUCUUACUACCGUUAUCUCUUGUGGGAUUGAAUUUCGUUUGAUUUAACUACACGCGCCAGUAGAAUUAAUUGAUCAGAGUGCAGCGGUUCGAUUGUCAUUUGCUCAGGUAUGAGAAGGCACACAUUUCUAUUCGCUAUCGAUUUGUUGUCUACUUUGAUUCGGCUGCUUUCAACUUUUUCCCAUCAUUAAAGAACUUGACGUCUUCUCCUAACGACCGCCCCCCCCCCCCCCUAUGUAAGGAGGCAAAUUUAUUUCGUGGUAGGCUUUGACAGCCGCGUAGCAUAGCGCUUGAAUAAUUGAUUUCCUCCCCCAUGAAGUGGUGUCGGCCGGACAAAGAGUUUGGGGCACAAAGCGGUCUAGCGUGAAAUGCCACUGGACCUCUUCAUCUUGUAGGCCUAUCUUGUCCCCGAGUGUGUGCUGCACAUUAGCCCUCUUGGCGUUAUAGUCGUCGUCUAGCGUCAAGUGGGAAUUGCCUUUUUUCGUCGCCCAGCAUGGCGUUGUUAUUAGGUGGAACUUUAGCACUCUUCUCGGCCCUGUGUACUUGCGUCACUUUGGGUCAGAACCUUUCCAGCGGCGGAUUCGACGACGACAAGUUCCUUUCCGUACUGGCCACGGGUGAGCUCCCGUUAAUUCAAUGCUGCGGUGUCGGUGAAUUGUACAGACCUGGGCUGGAUUUCUGCAAGAAUGAAUCAAUCCUUGAUGAUGUCGAUCCGCUCCCAAUCUACUCGUCUUAUACCAACAGCAGCAACGAGAAUCCUUUUCUACUGUCGUUGAACGACGAGCGAGUGCGGACCCAGCGCGCGCUGAAACAAUGUCCCGACGGAUUCGUAGCCAGAACGACGGAUCGCUUCCAACUGUUUGAAGAUUUCUCGAUGAAAAGCGGAGAAGGAGGAGGAUUUCUUCCGGCGGCCGACUAUUGCAUUUAUCCGCAGAGCCAAUCUCGUUCGGCGGCGUCGGCCGACGGCCCGUCAUUUCAAUACGCCGCUCGCUAUUGCGUUCACGCCGAUUGCGACAAUGUCCCGUGCAUCCGCAAAUGUUGUCCCCUGGGAAUGGCCGUCGACGUCAACGACAAGGCCUGCAAAUUAAGCGACGAGCCUUUCAAUGAGACAGUCCACCGAGCAUUCGACUUGACUCCAGAGAUGAAAAUCGUCGACGGUUACGGAUUCGGAAUGAAUUGCUACGACGAGGCGAGCAAUUUGCUGGAAUUGACCGAAUUCCACAUCCUUAGCAGCGGCCAGAUGUACGCCCCCGACUACCCCUACGAUGAACGAGCCACUUAUCAAUACUGUGUCGACAAUUUCGUCUCAGGAAUUCAGACUCAAGAUCAAAAUCAAAAGAGUCCGAUGAAGGGACUGCGAUGUUUCCCCCAGUACUUCAACUUGAAUGAAGCCAAUCAAUUGGCUCAUUCCAUCUAUCCGUAUCUGCUCUUCAUUUCCUCCGGUUUUUUGUUUCUCACUUUUAUCGUCUACGCCUUCCUGGCAUCGGAGAUUUUCAAUGCUCACGGAUUGAUCGUCAUGUGUUACGUCGCUUCGAUGGCUGUCCUUUACGCCUGUUUGGGAAUUUUCCAGCUCCAGCUGGUUGUACCAAAUUUACCAGUCGAUCCGGGCUACACCUGCAUCGGAUUGGCUGUGGUGACGCACUUUUUCUUCCUGGCCACCUUCUCUUGGCUUCACGUCAUGUGCUUCGACAUAUGGCGGACUUUUAGAAAAUCGACUCCGAAACCGUUUAAUCGCCGAGUGGGCGCCUCCUUUAUUCCGUACUCUAUUGUCGGAUGGGGAUUUCCUUUCCUGAUCGUAUUGACUGGCCAAGUGUUGGAUCGCAUUGUCGAGUCCCGCGGCAACAGCUCCGUCAUUCAACCGCUUUUCGGCGAAGGACAAACUUGUUGGUUUAAUGAGUGGAAGUCUCUCUUUUUAUAUCUGUACGGACCUGUGGCCGUGAUCGUGCUGGCCAACCUUUCCUUCUUCGUCAUGACGGCCAUUCAACUGUGCAAAACACGCAAGGAUUCGGCUCUGGCCCUCAGGAACCAACAGUCGCAAAAUCACAUUACCAGACAAAGGAUCCGUGUCAUCUUCAGUUUGUUCAUUCUGAUGGGCGUGUCGUGGACGAUGGAAGUCAUCUCGUUUGCCGUCGGAGGCUCCUACUUGGUCUGGUACAUCUUCGACAUGCUCAACAUUUUCACCGGUGUCUUUGUCUUCAUCAUUUUCGUCUGCAAGAAGAAAGUCUGGAAAAUGUUGAAGAAGAAAUUCAAGUCUUUGCGAGUCAACGGGCUGCACAUUCUCUGCCCGUGUUGUCCCAGCAAACAGCAGAAUCCGGCGCUGCGUGCCUCUCGAACCAGCAAGCAGAGUUUCUGUCGACAUCAAAGCCGCAGUUCCGUUUCCACUCCGUCUCAGCUCUACUUUUUGAAGACCAGCAACGAUUUGAAGACGAAAUUGUCGCGAAAAAGUGUCGACGAAGAGGACACUUGCAUUUAGAUGAGACACGACAAUGGCGUCUUCUUGUUUAUUUCUUUUGUUCCUUUUGCGCUCGAGUUGAUUACGUAACGCUCGUCUCGAGCCAAGUCAAUAAAACUCAAUUGACGGGUU